ACAACUAAAGCGGAACAACUAAAAAAAACGAAGCAAUAAAAGCGCGCGAAUCGGAGGGAACCGGAGAGACCAAAACCCUAAUUUCGCCGACGAAAAAAACCAUGCCGGAGCUUCCAGAGGUAGAGGCGGCGAGAAGAGCAAUAGAAGAAAAUUGUCUUGGAAAGAAGAUUAAGCGAGUCAUUAUCGCCGACGACAACAAAGUAAUCCAUGGAAUCUCGCCGUCUGAUUUCCAAAUCUCAAUCCUCGGCAAAACCAUCGUCUCUGCUCGUAGAAAGGGCAAAAACCUCUGGCUCGAGUUAGAUUCGCCGCCAUUUCCUUCUUUUCAAUUUGGUAUGGCUGGUGCUAUCUAUAUCAAAGGCGUUGCAGUUACUAAGUAUAAGAGGUCUGCUGUAAAGGACUCAGACGAGUGGCCAUCUAAGUAUUCAAAGUUCUUCGUCGAGCUUGAUGAUGGUCUGGAGCUUUCAUUUACUGAUAAGAGGAGAUUUGCUAAAGUUCGACUUCUAGCAAAUCCAACAUCUGUGAGUCCAAUAUCAGAGCUUGGUCCUGAUGCAUUGUUAGAGCCUAUGACAGUUGAGGAAUUUGCAGAAAACUUAGCUAAAAAGAAAAUAACCAUAAAACCUCUCCUACUUGAUCAGGGUUUUAUUUCAGGUAUUGGGAAUUGGAUCGCUGAUGAAGUGCUGUACCAAGCCAGAAUCCACCCGUUGCAGUCUGCUUCUAGCCUUUCCAAAGAGCAAUGUGAAGCUUUGCACACAUCCAUCAAAGAGGUGAUAGAAAAAGCUGUGGAAGUUGAUGCAGACAGUAGUCAGUUUCCUAGUAACUGGAUUUUUCAUGAUAGGGAAAAGAAGCCAGGAAAGGCCUUUGUUGAUGGGAAGAAGAUUGAUUUCAUUACUGCUGGUGGAAGGACAACAGCUUAUGUUCCAGAACUGCAGAAACUUUCUGGGAAAGACGCAGAGAAAGCAGCCAAGGUUAGACCGGCUAAACGAGGUGUGAAACCCAAUAAAGAUGGAGAAGAAGAUGAACAAGAAUCCGAGAAAGAAGAUGAGAGUGCUAAACCGAAGAAAGGACAGAAACCCAGGGGUGGUCGUGGUAAGAAGCCUGCCUCGAAGAGAAAAACAGAAGAUAGCGACGAUGAGGACGAUGAUGCUGAUGAUGGAGAAGAUAGUGAAGGUGAAGAGAAAGUUGUGAAACCCAGAGGCCGUGGUACAAAGCCUGCGAUUAAGAGGAAAUCUGAAGAGAAAGCUACUAGCCAAGCUGAUCGGAAGUCGACAUCAGAUGUGAUCAUCAUGAAUACUGCUGGUUCUUGCUCUGUGAGCAAAGUCUCAAACACCGACUUCAUUGCCUCCACCGCUAACUGAUACAAGAGGUGUUUGAGACUUUGCUCACAGAGCAGGAACCAGCAGUAUUCAUGAUGAUCACAUCUGAUGUCGACUUCCGAUCUGUGAUCGAAGAAACUCGUUUGAAGAAC